AUGGAAGAUUGUUCCAAAGAUGUAAUCAACAAUUUACCAGACAAUCUCCUUUGUCAAAUCUUGUCCAAUCUGUCUACAAAAGAAGCUGCUUUGACAUCACUUCUAUCGAAAAGAUGGCGGUACCUCUUUGCUCUGGUAACAGAUCUUGAUUUUGAUAACUUUUCCUCUCUGCAUCCGGAUAAUAUGGUGCAAGAUCAGACAAGUUUUAUAGAUUUUGUUGAUAGAGUGUUGAGACUGCGAGGGAAAGAUCGUGUUAACAAGUUCUCUCUAAAAUGUGGAGAUGGUAUUGAAGAUGAAGAUGUCUUCCCUUGGAUAUUGAAUGUAUUGAGACAUGGUGUAUCAGAUCUUGCUUUACAUGUCUCUCCUGCAUUGGUUUAUUGGUUGCCUUCAAAGGUUUUUACGAGUAAGACACUGGUUAGUCUGAAGAUAGGACCUAAAGAUGGUCCAAGGAUUAAACUUAGAAAUGUUUGUCUUCCGAAGCUUAAAACUUUGAAUCUAGAUUCAGUUGUGUUUGAAGAAGGUGAGAUUGGGUUUGCAAAGCUUCUUUCUGGUUGUCCUAUGCUUGAGGAAUUAGGUUUGCGUAAUCUUGCGUGGAUAUCUUGGGAUUCUUGCUAUGUAGCUUCCAAAAUCCUCAAGAGACUAACGUUAUGUUGUGCAGACUAUGAUGAGAGUCCGAAGAGUGUAUCAUUUGAUACUCCAAGUGUUGUCUAUUUAGAAUAUUCUGAUAAUAUUGCGCACUGGUAUCCAAAAGUGAAGUUUAAGUCGCUGGUUAAAGCUAGUAUCGAUAUUCGGAUGACGAACUAUCAGAAAGAAAAUAUGAGACAUGUAUUGGAUGAUGAUGAGGAAACAGAAAUGGUUGGUAAUGUAACAAUGUUUCUUAUGGGAAUAUGCAAUGUGAAGACACUUUUCUUAUCUUAUGACACUCUUGAGAUACUAAAUUUUUCCAACAGCGCGGUAUUCAACAACUUGACUCAUCUAACUAUAGAGAGUAAUCCGGAAGUAGGAUGGGAUUCAUUGCCAGAUCUUCUCAAGAAUUGUCCUAACCUUGAAACCCUUGUCUUCAAGGGACUCAUUCACAAAGCUACAAAUAGAUGUGGGGAUGUGUGUUUGUGCCAAGGUUUGGAGAAACUUCCUUCUUCCCUAUCACAAUGUCCGGUGAAGUUUCUAACGAUUCUGAAAUUUGGAGAAACCGAAACCGAUGAUGAUGAUUACGAAGUUGACAUGGAGAAGGAGAUGGAGAAGAUCAAGCAUUUCUUGGAGGAAAUGCCGAAUCUUGAACAAUUGAUAAUAUACUAUAACACAUCAAUUGAUGAUCAUUUGGUUGAAGUAUCAAACAAACUUCAGAUGCAUCUUGGAGUAGGUUUGCUCAAAUGCAAGAUCCAAUUAAUCUCUGAUAACAUGAGCUUAUCAAUUACUUUGCCAAUUCCUUACUGA